UCUGGCCAAAAAGAAAAACACUUUUUAAUAUUCAUCCCGCUUUUUUAUUGCCACUAAUGUAGAAGCUGUUUUCAAAUAUUGGAAGCUAAUGGAACCAUAAUGAGCAUCUCACUCAAAAUUUUAUCAAAUUCGGUUCCCUCAAUUUAAGAUGACAGUCUAAAUUCUAAGUUCUACUAGACCGUCUCUAACUGCUCCCUGUUUCCCUCCCCGCAACACUCAGAAUAUUCAGAUUAGCAAAUACCUGUGAACCAAAGUCAUUACUUUGUCAUGCUGUUUUGCAACAGUGCGCCUCACAAAUGUCUCGCAGUUUGAUUUUUUCUAGCCUGGAAACAGACAAUUAGCCCACUAAAACACUAAGCUGGUCAAUUUUACUAAAAGCUAAUUUUAAGUUGGGCUUAGACAUCCCUACUUAAAGAGUCUUUAAUCCUUUUAGCUAUUGCUUUUAUGGUUUUUAUAUUUUGUUUUGAUAAGUUAUCACUCAACUACUGAAGCUCUUAAGGAAGUUCUUACAUUAUUUUUGUAAUUAUUAUUUACAUUAUUAUUGUUGAACAUCAUCUGAACUCCGCAUUAUGCGUAAGAAGUUGCUGACAAAAUGAUCCCUUUAAAGAAUGGAGAAAUUUAAAGAACCAGCAACCUUCAGCACGGCGACGAUUGUAUCUCAGUUCAUUUUUUUGAUCAUAUUUACACUACCAAAAUAUGUGUUUUCUCUGGAAAAAUUUAUCAACAUUGAAAAUUUCGGCCAAAUUCAAGGCGAACAGUUGAGAGACGUGCAGCAGUAUUUAAACAUACCGUACGCCAACCCAAUAGGGACAAAAAAGUCUCACCUAAGCGAUCGGUUCGCACAGCCGAAACCGUUCGAAAAACCAAUUUACGAAAACACUGUUAACUUUGGCUUAAAUCGGCUGAAAUGUCACGGGCUGUACGCAAACGAACACGAAGACGAGGAUUGUCUUCGGCUUUCAGUCUGGACUCCAAACCACUCGAAAAAAGUGCCAAUUUUAGUGUUUUUGGACUCACGAGAUAUUAUGUACCAUACAUGGGGACAAGUUCCAAAUAACGCUCUUUUGCAGUCUGUUCUGCUAAACGGGACAUUUCUCGCGUCGUAUUCUCGAUCGAUGAUUAUCGUGGCUAAUUUUCGAAACGGCCCUCAAGGUUUCUUACAACUAGAUAAAGCACUCUUUGGUCAAAAUGUGGGCUUAAGUGACGUUAAAAUGGCGCUUAAUUGGGUUCAAAACUUCGCACAUCUUUUUGGAGCAGAUCCAACUAAAAUGACACUUAUGGCUGUUUCGUCUGGGGUUCCAGUGGCUAUUCAACUUCUUCUAGAAGAUUCGAGCCUAGCCCAGAGGCUAAUUUUGCUUUCAGGAAACCCAUUGGCGCGACAAACUAUGUUCAAAACUGAACAAACUACAGCAAAAGUUCUUGACAAGCUUGGCUGCGGUAAAAUUUACUCCGAAACUAAAGAAGAAACAAAAUCUAAUCUAGACGAUUGUCUGAAAAAAGUAUCUGUUUUAGAUUUAAAUCGAAUAUCACGAGAGAUGAAAAUGUUUGAUGAUUAUUGGUCGCCCGAAUCGGAAAAAAUAGUCAGACAAUCCUUAGCUCGACUAAGCAAAAUUGAUAUUUUAAUUGGCAUUAACACCAACAGCGGUGCUUAUUUUUCACAUCAAGUGCGCCCUGAAAUUGAUUUCAAACCGGAAGUGAAUUUUUACACAGUUGAAGAUUUCGAAAGCGACGUGAAAAGCUUAAUUUGCGAUUCAGAAAACCUAAAUGGCAUUCAAUGCGACUUUAUAAAACACGAAUACUUCAACAUGGAGAACCAAAAUUACGAAACUGCCUCAGCGCGGUUUGCAUUUUUAUCAUCGAUGCUAAUGGACAAGAAACUAGUUUUACCCAUAAACGAGUUUUUUGAGAAUUUAGAGAAGUUCGCGUAUAAGAGGCCAUAUCUGUUCACACUUGAUCGAGUCAGUCCUCUAGAUUUGACGUUCGGGGCCCUGGAAGUCAAUGGGUCUGCGAUGGGCGGGGAGUUGCAGUAUCUUUUCGGGAUGCCGAAAUCAGUGUUUGUCGACUGGGAUUCGGUUGACAGAGAAAUCAUGGCCCGAAUGAUGGACAUGCUUAACAAAUUCAUACACACAGGGAACCCUGCACUUGGCAGUGAAAAGGCGCUGAUUGGUCCUCGAAACAAGGGCGAGGAGGCCAAUAACAACUCAGGGGUGAGAACAAGGGGGAAUUUGUCCAGAAAUGGUAGUUCUUCAGUUAGUGAUAGUAGCCCAGCGUCCACCAGGGCUAGUUUGACAUGGGUGCCAUAUGACUCAUCUCAGCAACAGACAUAUCUGCAUAUUGCAUCUCACACUCGGGUGGAAACACAUUUCAAGAAGCGAACGUUGGAUUUCUGGAAUAACCUCAUGCCACGAUUGUCGGGUAUUCGCGAGAAUUGUGGCGAACUGCGAGGUUUCCCAACAUUAGAUCCAACUCUUGACAAAUUGUCACCCCCCUACCACAACGGAAACAAUCACUUUCUGGGGGGACCUUCUUGGAGCAGUGAACAAACCGCCGAACAAUCCAACUCUGUACUAGCAGUUAUCAUUUCAAUAUUCGCCAUGCUAUUAGUUCUUUUAUUCGGAAUUAUCUUGUUCUUAAUUCGUAGAAUCAAUCAUUUGAGAAUCAGCGAGGCACAAUCACGUUCGCUGAUUGAAAAAAUACAACUUAGUAACGACAUUCGAAGACCUAACGGAACUGUCCAUACAAAAAAGUAUUCAGACGAUACAAACUCGACCAUACAUAUGGACAACCAUCAUGCCCAUAACAAAUCCAUGAAUGGAAAAAUUCCUUCAGCGGCAAAAUGCAACUUGGGUAAUAAAACGAAAUCAUUAGAAGACCGUUGCUCGAAAACUUUCAACUCGCCGAAUGAAGAUAGCGUUAUUGGUCGAAAACAUAUUCGCUCUGACACGACGCCGUUGUUUGGCCAGGGCUCCGAUGAUUUGUCUCCUGGGUCCGACAAACUAAGUUCGGCAACGGAGAGCGACGCGACUUGUCAAUCAGCAACCAAUAGUUUCCAUUUCAACACAACUUCACGACUGCCGUUAAUUAAAGCCGACUUGAGCCGAGAAAUAUGUAACAGCCGAGAACUGCCGAAUGGCCGAAACAGAAGAAAACACGGGUCACCUAUUCCUUUGAAGCUAACUGGUACAUUAGUGACUCCUAGUAGAAACAAAGAUAAUCAGUUUUUCAUCACAGAAAACAACCAAUAUACGUUCCCAAGGCCGAUAAAUUUUCACGCGAUCAAAGAGACAAAUUUAGUUUCUGAAUGCGAAGCGUUAAAGUCGAUCAGCCCUGCUCGUUACAACAACGUGAAAACUCAACCAUAUUACGAUUGCUGAAGAGAAUGGGUUUUUACAGAUUAACUAGUAUUAGUGUUUCUUUAUUUUGUAAUUGAAAAACCUAAUUUAAGUUGCGUUGGCAUUUAAGUCAGAUGAGAAAAUGAUUGGCAAUUUGAGUUUUUAGUACUUUA